AUGGAUAUUGACCGAGUCCAGCCAACGUUGUACGGAUUUGACUCCAGCCCCGGAUCCAUCACGCCGUCGACGUCGUACUACGUGCAGAAGAUGUUCUCCACCAACCGGGGAACGACCGUACUGCCCGUCAACUCCACGGCGGACUUCGGGCCUUUAUACUGGGCUUCUUCGAGGGCGAACGGCACGUACUACGUGAAGUUGGCCAACUACGGCGAGGACGAUCAGACGGUCCAUGUCAGCGUGCCGGACACUGGAUCGGGGAGACUGGAGACGCUGACGGGCCCUCGCGACGCCAGCAAUCUGCCGCACAAUGUGACAAUUCAGCCCCGGGUCCACAACCUGUCGAGCCAGACGGGAAAUUACACGAUAGAAAUGGCGGCCUGGGGAGUCGCUGUGUUGGCCGUAUGGUAG